AUGUUUGGAUGGGCUAGUGCGCUGGGCCUCCCGUCAGUCGCGUCAGAUCCCGACAAGGAGCGGGCUCCGCCCCCUCCCCCGACACCCCUCGAUUUCCCCAUCUACAGAUUCCCCGCCGUCCCCGAGACGCCCUCAGAAGACUCCUUGCGAAACUUUCAACACGUCCUCGCCUCCAUCCGCCGUCCACAAGAUAUCACUCCGCAGAAAUUUCACGACCUCAACCUCGAGGUCGCGACAGACAUCCCUGUCUCCGAUAUCGUCCGGCACGACGGAGCAAAGACCGCACCCACACUACCAUGGGAAACUAACCUCGAGACUCCCUCGCUCGGCCAGGCGCCGCCAGCAGACGGGACUCCGGUCACCAUGGACAAUGAGAACCCAUAUCCGCCCAAGGAUAAAUACGAUCUGCUGGAGCAGGAGCUGCUGUUGGACAACGAUGACGCAUUUCGCGAGGUGGCCAGGCUUCCCCCUCGCGAAGGACGGAGCCGCGUACGCGUGACGCAGGCGAGAAAGUUCUGGACGGCGCUGGAACGCAUGUCGCAGUACUGGGACGACAGCGCGGACAACUACUUUGAGCGGCCCAAGUCGCCGGAACCCGAAGAGACGAAACCAGACGCCACGCCAAUGGACGUGGACACCCCCGCCACUGCAGAAGAACAACCGGGAGCACCACCUGCAGAGCCAGAACUCGUCAAGAAAUACACCGGCCGGCGCCUCGCCGCCGGCUCCGACAUGCCCGACGAUAUCCGCGAAGAGACUGUCCGCGCCCUGACCGAAAUGGCCGCAUGGCCCUUUGGCUGCCAGGCCUCCCUCCCCAUCGUCCCACCCCGCCUCCUCCUGGGUAAACUGCUCUUCCCCGUGCGUCAAACCUUUCAAGCCACACGCUCUCCGAAAGACCGCCAGCUCGCCCGCAACGGCAUGCUCGAGGGGCCGGUUUUCAUCGCGCAGUGUCGCCCGGAUACCUCCUUCCGCGGGCCGGAGGAGGCGCACGGCGCCGGACUGGGCGAUACAUGCGACCUCAUCCGCGAGGUUGCGGCGAUGAUCCUCGCCGCGCAGGAGCGUGCCCGCGAAGGGAUGACGGAGGUCAGGCCGGGCGAAGGACAGUGGUGGACGACGACGCCACGGUGGGGUGGUGCGCCGAACGAUUCUAUCGGCGAUAGCCCGCGCGUUACAAACGAGCAGGAGGAGGAGGCAGCUGCGGCGGCUGCUGCUGGAGGCCACGAGCGCAAACGAUCGCGGGGGGGCCUGCGACGGCCGGGUCUGCCGAGGAAGAUGAGCAGUAGCGAGAAAUGGAGGCUCGUUCAGCCUGGUUCGAGUCUUUGGGAUAGACGCAUGCGGUAUAUACAGAUUGGCAAGGACAAGGACAGUCCGUUUGAUGAUAUCUACCUCCUCUCCUCAAUCAACCACCACCUCUCCAUCCUCCACCUCCGUAUCCACCGGCGCUACCUCGAUCUUCUGACAAUGGGAACCAGCGACGUACCUGGAGACUCACCAGCAGAACAGCCCUGGCACGUUCUGAAAGUCCGCCGGACGCGAUGGUACGACCUCUUUGACGCGCAAGACCGAGUCGAAGUGUUCCGCGGCAUCUGGACGCUUUUCCACUGCCAGUUACGGCACUUCUAG